CUCAGUUUUAGUUGGAUGGGUAAGUCUCCUAUUAAUUCCUUUUCACAUCUGGUCAGUUUGUGGCUCAUGAAUGUCUCCUAGACAGAGUUGUAUAAGCCAGGGCAUUCAAGUGGGGUAGUGACCUGUGGGGCUGCCAUUAAAUUCUUUUUGGGCAUAUUUGGUGGCAGUGACUUCAAUGAUUUUAUUGGGGAGAUAGCUUUCUUUAAUGAAAUACCCUUCACAAUGGGGGCAGGAAUCUAUGAGCCUUUGGGUAGCACCUCUACUGUGGUGCCAUGGAAGCUACGCAUUCAAGCACUGGUCAAUUUCUUGAUGCAGUUUGAUGAUCGGAGGGUUAGAUUCAACCUAGGAACAGACUCUGACUCAAAGUUCAGCAACCAUCCAUCCCUUUGCCAUAUGAAAUUGUGGGAGAAGGCAACAGAGUUGAGGUUGGCACCCUUUUCUGCAGAGAUUCUUCAGGUCAUUGCUACCACCUACAGUGACUGGAAACCUGGCUCUUGCAGGUUGGGCACAAAGUUUGAUAGGCAGAAAUUUCUCUCUGGGGUAGAACAAGUCUGGACACUCCGAAAGACACUUGAUAGAACAAUAAAUGACUUUGAAAGGCAGGCACUGGUGGAAGAUAUUGCUGGAAAGAUCUUACUAAUAUGCUGGCAUGGAGUCACUUCUGAAAUUGUGCAAGUGUUGAGAGAAGUUGCUGAUCAGUAUGUGAAGCAAGGAAAACAGAAGGUUUCCACUUUUGGAAGGGUUUUUAGGGAAGUGACUAAUUAUGUCCCAGAUCAUGGUCCAGUGAGCCCACUCCAGCAAAUGAUGAAUGAUGCAGCACAUGGUAUCUCAAAGCAUCAGUUAUCACUCAAUAAACAGGCUGAGUGGCUGGGGGCCACCCAGGAUAGCAGGGUUCCCUGGGAUAUGUUCAUUCCCCUCAUUCCAAGAACCUUUGGCUGACAAGGGGUAAUUCAAGCAAGUGGUUAAACUUGGGUGAAGGGAUGUUGUAUGUACUACUCCCCUGGUAAUACACAUGAGAUGGAAGUUGGCAGCAUGCUACAGGAUAACAGGGGAUAUGUGCACACUGGUGAAACAAGACUGAGGAAUGGGAUUAGGAUAAACUUGCUGGUCAUAUGUGGUAAAGCAGGUCUAGAAAACCAUCACAGCAUGAUGGAC